AUGGAUGCGGUAAUAAAAAAAAAGCAAAUAUCGGACGCCAGCCCGCGGGGGGUGGGGUGCAUAUACCGCGUACAUUUCUGCUGCGAAAAUGACUUCGAGCGAACCAAACCGCACUUCCGAGGGAGCAUCAUAUCGAUUUUAGAUUACACGAACGGCAAAAGUGCUGCCACGGAUUACAGCACCGAUGUGAGGAUAACGUGUGCCGACCAGUGUCAC